CUCCGGCAGGGAAUGGCUGUGGAAAAUGACUCUUUAGUGACAGAGUUCAUCCUGGUAGGAUUUACAGACCUACCUCAGCUCCAGUUACCCCUUUUCUUUCUCUUCUUACUAAACUAUGUGGUCACUGUGGUAGGGAAUUUGAGCCUAAUUAAUCUAAUAUGCCUGAAUUCUCACCUGCACACUCCCAUGUACUUUUUCAUUUUCAAUUUAUCCUUCAUAGAUCUCUGCCACUCUUUGGUCAUUACCCUUAAAAUGCUGCUGAACUUUAUCUCAGAGAAGAACAUCAUUUCCUUUACAGGAUGCAUGACCCAGCUAUUUUUCUUUUGUUUCUUUGUCCAUUCUGAGUGCUAUAUGUUGACAGCCAUGGCCUAUGAUCGCUACGUGGUCAUCUGUAAGCCCCUGGUGUACACGGCCGCCAUGUUCCCUCAGGUCUGUUCUCUGCUGAUGUUUGGUUCUUACAUGAUGGGGUUUGCUGGUGCCGUGGUCCACACAGGGGACAUGGUCAAAUUGUCCUUUUGUGAUUCUAACAUCAUCAACCAUUACAUGUGUGACAUCUUCCCCCUCCUCCAGCUCUCCUGCAGCAGCACCUAUGCCAGUGAGCUGGUGGAUUCCAUUAUUGUGAGCACAGUUGUCAUAAUAUCUGGUUUCAUUAUUUUCAUUUCUUAUGCUUUGAUCCUGUCCAGUGUCCUCCACGUCUCAUCAGCUCCAGGUUGGUCCAAAGCCUUCAGCACCUGUGGCUCCCACAUGGUGACUGUGGGUCUGUUCUAUGGGUCUGGAUUGUUCACACAUCUCAAGACCUCUCCCUCUGGUUCUGUGGACCAGGGGAAGUUCUUCUCGGUAUUUUACACCAAUAUAAUACCCAUGUUGAACCCCCUCAUCUAUAGCCUAAGGAACAAGGAUGUCAAGUGUGCUCUGAAAAAAACCCUCAAGAGAAUUGCAAACUAA